CGAUCGAGUAAAAGCAAAACACUCUGAGAGCUCUCCAGUAGCCAUGGCCAGCUCUACUUCCUUGCUAUGUUUCGCCCUCUUCUCCCUACUUCUCUCCCACGCUUGCUUUGCUCAGAUCGAGCAAAUGCCGCAGCGCAGCCAGCAGAGGCAGCAGCGCCGGUGGCAGUCACAGUGCCAAUUCCAACGCCUCAACGCCCGCCAGCCCAACCGCAGAGUCGAGUGCGAAGCCGGUGUCAGCGAGUACUGGGACAUCCAAAACUCAGAGAACGAUAACGCCGAUGAGCUCCAAUGCGCUGGAGUCGAGACUGCCCGCCACACCAUUCAGCGCAGAGGCCUCUUGUUGCCUUCUUUCUUGAACGCACCAGUGAUGUUCUACGUUAUUCAAGGCAGGGGUAUCCAUGGAGCUGUGAUCCCAGGCUGCCCAGAGACAUUCGAAAGAGGAACUUCAGCGUCGUCCAGAGGAUAUACAUCUCAGGGAUCAGACGAGCAACACCAGAAGGUUCGUGAAAUCAGAGAAGGUGAUAUCGUUGCCUUGCCUGCCGGAGUGGCUGAUUGGGUCUACAACAGCGGCGACUCUCCUCUUGUUUUGAUUGCCUUCGUCGAUGUCGGCAACCAAGCCAACCAGCUCGACCAAUUCUCUAGAAGGUUCCACCUAGCUGGAAACCCACACAGGGAACAAAAGACCGAACAAGAGGCUCGUCUCCGGAGCCAAAGCCGAAGCCAGCAAAGGAGGCAGGAGGAGCAAAACCCCAACGGCAACAUCUUCAGCGGCUUCGACACAAGAAUCUUGGCCGAGUCAUUCAACAUCGACACCGAGUUGGCUAACAAGCUCCAGAACAGAGACGACAUGAGGGAGAGAAUCGUCCGAGUCAGGGAGGACCUCCACAUCAUAGCUCCUUCCAGAAUCCAAGAAGAGGAGCGACGCCGCUACGGUCGAUCCGAGGACUACAACGGCUUAGAAGAAACCUUCUGCACACUGAGGUUGAGGGAGAACAUCGACCGUCCAUCUCAGGCCGAUAUCUUCAACCCACGCGGCGGCCGCGUGACCACCCUCAACAGCUACAACCUCCCCAUCCUCCGCUCCCUCCAGCUGACCGCCGAGAGAGGAGUGCUCUACAAGAACGGCAUGAUGGCGCCGCACUUCAACCUCAACAGCCACAGCGUCGUCUACGUGACGCGUGGCAGCGCCAGAGUCCAGGUGGCGGACGACAACGGUCGCAGCGUGUUCGACGGGGAGGUCAGAGAGGGUCAGGUGUUCGUGGUGCCCCAGAACUACGCGGUGGUGAAGAAGGCGAGCAGCCAGGGGUUCGAGUGGAUUGCAGUUAAGACAAACAACAACGCCAUGAGAAACCCUCUAGCCGGAAAGGUGUCGGCCAUGAGAGCUAUGCCGGACGAUGUUCUGGCGAAUGCUUUCCGCAUAUCGAGAGAGCAAGCAAGGAGGUUGAAGUAUGGCCGGGAUGAGGUCUCCGUCUUCAGCCCUUCUUCUCAGCAGAGCCGCUGGGAGUAGAGAGCUUAUUAGCUUUAUUAGCUAAUAUGGCGGAGGACUACUCUGUAACUUAGUUUUUUUUUUCUUAGUCGAAAAAAGGAAAAAGAGAAAAAAAAAAGAAGGUUUUUAAGGAAUAAUAAAGUGGUGUAAUGUUAAGGAAGGCAAGGACGUAGGAGUUUGGGUUCAUCACUAUAUAUAUAUAUAUAUAUGUAUGUAAUCUAGGACAUGCGCGUGAGAAAUGUAGAAGUUUAUUUCUACUACGUACGAUACGAUCGAGCUAGUUUCUAAUAAUAAUAAGAAUAUAUAUUAGUGAGAAUAAUAACAUAUGUUUUGCCUUCUUAUA